AUGGCCACCAUCCAGUCCGAGACCGACUGCUAUGACAUCAUCGAGGUCCUGGGCAAGGGCACCUUCGGGGAGGUGGCCAAGGGCUGGCGCCGGAGCACGGGCGAGAUGGUGGCCAUCAAGAUCCUGAAGAACGACGCCUACCGGAACCGCAUCAUCAAGAACGAGCUGAAGCUGCUGGGCUGCAUGCGGGGCCUGGACCCCGAGGAGGCCCACGUCAUCCGCUUCCUCGAGUUCUUCCACGACGCCCUCAAGUUCUACCUGGUCUUCGAGUUGCUGGAGCAGAACCUCUUCGAGUUCCAGAAGGAGAACAACUUCGCGCCCCUCCCUGCCCGCCACAUCCGGACCGUCACCCUGCAGGUCCUCCGAGCCCUGGCCCGCCUCAAGGAGCUGGCCAUCAUCCACGCCGACCUCAAGCCCGAGAACAUCAUGUUGGUGGACCAGACCCGCUGUCCCUUCAGGGUCAAGGUGAUCGAUUUCGGCUCGGCCAGCAUCUUCAGUGAGGUGCGCUACGUGAAAGAGCCCUACAUCCAGUCCCGCUUCUACCGGGCCCCCGAGAUCCUGCUAGGGCUGCCCUUCUGCGAGAAGGUGGACGUGUGGUCCCUGGGCUGCGUGAUGGCCGAGCUGCACCUCGGCUGGCCCCUCUAUCCCGGCAACAACGAGUACGACCAGGUGCGCUACAUCUGCGAGACCCAGGGCCUGCCCAAGGCCCACCUGCUGCACGCCGCCCGAAAGGCCCACCACUUCUUCAAGCGCAACCCCCACCCCGAUGCCACCAGCCCCUGGCAGCUCAAGUCCUCCGCUGACUACCUGGCAGAGACCAAGGUGCGCCCGCUGGAACGCCGCAAGUACAUGCUGAAGUCGCUGGACCAGAUCGAGACGGUGAACGGCGGCGUGACGGCCAGCCGGCUGACCUUCCCAGACCGGGAGGCGCUGGCCGAGCACGCAGACCUGAGGAGCAUGGUGGAGCUGAUCAAGCGCAUGCUGACGUGGGAGUCGCACGAACGCAUCAGCCCCAGCGCAGCCCUGUGCCACCCUUUCGUGUCCAUGCAGCAGCUGCGCAGCGCCCACGAGGCCACGCGCUACUACCAGCUCUCGCUACGCAGCUACCGGCUCUCGCUGCAGGUGGAGGGCAAGCUGCCGGCUCCCGCCGGGGCCACCGGGGCCGAUGGGCCCCCCUUCUACCCACUAGCCGAGGAGGAGGAGGAGGCGGUGGCGGCGGUCGUGGGCCUGGGCAGCGCGUCGGGCAGCGGGCCCUUCUUCUGUGAGGAGAAGGCACCGGGCGUGCAAAGGGCCAUCGACCAGCUGGACGACCUGAGCCUGCAGGAGCCUGGCCGGGGGCUGUGGGGCGAGAGCCGCGUGGACGUGGUCUCUGAUGUGCUGGCCCCGCUCAAGGCAGCUGGCCCUGGGCGGCGGGUGCCCGACUCAGGGCCUGAGCCCAUCCUGGCUUUUUAUGGCAGCCGGCUGGCAGGCCGCCACAAGGCCCGCAAGCUGCCCGCAGGCUCCAAGUCCGACUCCAACUUCAGCAACCUCAUCCGGCUGAGCCACGCCUCGCCCGAGGAUGAGGCGCCCUGCCGGGGUGGUGGCUGGGAGGAGGGUGAGCACCGAGGGACCUCCGCCGAGCCGCCCACCAUCCCGCAGCGGGACGGCGAUGGGCCCACCAUCAAGGAGCUGGCCAUGGACGCGGAGAGGCCGGUCGCAGAGCUCUUUGACGCCAGCAGCUGUCCUGAGGAGUGGCUGAGUGACCCGGACUGGAGCCUGGAGGGUGUCAGGGUGCCACGGGCUCAGGGCCUGCCAGCCCGCCACCCCCGGGCAACCAGUUUUCUACAGCACGUUGGCGGGCACCAUUGA